UACUGUACUUAUUAUCUGUUAUUCCAAUUGGAAUGAUACAUAUUCCACUGCUCCAGGGAAUUUUCUUGUGCAUAGCACUUCCGAAUUUUAAAUUAAAACAUGAAUGUUUAAAACGCCGCUCUAGCCCGCUGCAACGUCCAGCCGCGUUGGAUUAACCGGCCGUCAGCCCAGAUCGGAAAUGCGCCACUUCCUGCUGUCCUUCAGCGUCUGGGUGGGCCUGCUCUUCCUGGCCACGGGGGUCACCGGGCUCCGGCUGCGCAAAUCGCACUUCCUCCACCUCCCCGCUCUCAGUCAGGACAGCAAGCAGAACCACUGGCGCCCCGCACUCCCCACCGCCUACAUCGUCCUCAUUUGUUCUCAGCGCCCUGGGCGCCGGUGCCCUCUUUGCCCUCAACAUCAUCCACCUCCUGCGGCUGGGCCAACGUCCCUUCUUAUACUUAUACACCCCACAAUUCAUCAUGCGCCACGCCGACAUCUGCCUGUACCAGCCCCUCACCGAUUUCUUCAUCGCCGUGGGCGUGGUCCAGCUGGUGGUCAGCACCAUCGCCGCCAGCCUGACCGCGAGCAUCCGCUUCCGGGCUCUGGAGCCUGGACUGCCAAAAAAAGUGGCCGUCUUACCGGCGAUGGCGAAGAUGCUCCAAAACACAACUCAAAUUCAGUGUCACAGUCCAAGCACUGCCAUGGCGACUUGCUCUUUUGGAACCUGCUUGGUCUCUACUGGGGAGUCUUCCCCUUACUUUUUGGUACCCAUAAGUUAUGGUUCUGGCUAAAUGUGUGUGGAACCAGUACGUCAGCGACGAUUAUACGGAUAUAGAAAGAAGAAUCUGGGGAAAGGGGAAAUGCUGGACUUUAAUAAUCGGGGUGGCAUACGUGGCUAUCUUGAUUAUUUAUUCAUCGAUUUACUACUUCCUGGAAUGUCACUGAAAGAUAUGCUACGUCAUUCCGGAAUUGCGGAUUUCUCUACUGUUUCAGUGUUUUCUAGCAGAAUUCAAAAACUAAUUUUAUUUAUGCGUUCUUAUGUACAAGUAUUAAGUUUCUUAAUUUUGGAAUACAAGUUUCAGCUUCGAAGCGUUCCGGUGAUUUUGAAAUGUUGUGGCCAUGAAA